CAAAAUAGUAUACAGAGUGGCUACAAAACCGUUCAUGGGACAAUUUUUGACGUGUUGGAACAAACCUAGUACUUAGUGACUUCAUUACUGGCUUCGAAAUCGAAAAACCAACUCACAUGCGUUUUUUCUUGAAAAUUCUAGAAACUCUCAUAGAAUUCUAUUUGGAAACCGUAAGUGAUACAAGAAUAGUGACUUCAUUACUGAUUUCAAUAUCAAAAAAAAGUCCACAGAGUAAUUUUUCUAGAACAUGACAUUGUGUUCUAUUUUAUACAAGAUAUUCUAUGGUGAAUCAAAUCUUGGCGGACUUCAUGAAAAAUUUGGACGACAAGAGACAGAAGGAAGACCCUUAGACGGAAGACAAAAGAAAAGACUAGAAGAAGAAGUCCAAAGAAAAACAAGAACAAGAUCGGCUUCAGGAAAACUUUAGAUUUCAGUGUGAAUGGAUGAAAACCGUAAUCUCUGAGAAUCCAACUAGUGGACAAAAUUCUUUUAAAGAACAAACUGAUAAAUUUCCAUUCCAAAAUUUUUAUUUUAUGUAUGACAUAACAUGACUACAUGAUAAAAAUUGUCUAAUUUGAUUGGCUACUGAACGAUUUAACGACGAACAGUGGAGUUGAAAGUUUACCAAGGUGGAACGAUGCAAUGUAUUUCCUUAUAUUUUUCCGUAAUACCUAAUAUUUCCCUGUAUUUCCCUGUAUUACCACAUAUUUCCCUAGGCUGGUGACAAGAAUUCCUAGGUGGUCUACCCCCUGGGUAAAUCACAUGCAGCAAAAGAUUAUAAGCAUCAUGACAUCCAUUUCAGUAAUUCAUAUUUUUUUAUUAACUUUAUCACUAAUUUUGUGUGAUUUUUCAAAAUGGCAUGAUCUCAAAAUAAAUAAAUUCAUUAGGUACCGGGUGAUUGUUUAUAUUUUGCACCCACACCUAUCUCACCUGUUUGAAGAAGUACCCAUAAAUGUCAAAUAUGAAAGUUGUAGGUAGUUCAGAAAGUUUUCAAAGAUGUUAGUUACAAGUAUACAGGGUGUUUCACAAAAGUUUGGCGAAGCAAAGUUAUACUUUUUUAAAUGGAAACCCCCGUCCGUACAUUAUUGUCCCAUUGGAUUAGCUUUUCAAAUCUGAUUCCAAAUAUACUAGGUUUUUUAGGUUUAUUCCUCAUAGUUCAGCCUCUGAAUAUCCCAUUUUGAAGAAAUAAUAUGGAUUUGUUACAUGAAUGAUUACCUUUUUAUUUUGCUGGUGGUCUCUAUAGGUCACCUUUUUCAAUAAAAAUGCAAUUAUUCCUCCCCUUUUUGCCCUAUUUUCUCCUGGCCUAUUAGGAAUAAACUAAAAAACCAAGUAUAUUUGGAAUCAGGUAUGAAAGGCUAAUUCAAUGGGAUAAUAUUAUACAUGGUUUUCCAUUUAAAAAAGUAUAACUUUGCUUCGCCACACUUUUAUGAUACACCCUGCAUACUUGUAACUAACAUCAUUGAAAACUUUCUGAUCGUUAUUUUUUUAUUUUUUUUACUUGUCACUCGUAUUUCAAAUGAUGGAGUUGCAAAUGAAUGUUUCUUUCCAAAAUAUAGAAUGUAUCCACCACGAAGCUGAUGAAAACUGAAUAGUUAGGGGUCAAAUAAAGAAUCAGUCUUGCCGUUCAAUUUUAUGGCGUUUCCGAUUGGUAGAUUUAGUGCGGAACUAGUGCAGUUUUUUCUAUUUCUGUCUUUUUCUUUUACAGGUCGAUUAAAAGGAUGCAAAUACACUCGGUGCGCACUGAAUCUACCAAUCGGAAACGCCAUUAGAUUGCACAAGCAAGUUGCUGAACAUGACGGAACGUCUACCCCGGCCUUAGGACUAUAUUGGGCUUCUGUCAAAAUGCCAAUUGUUUAUUAUACAAAUUCUUUUGAAAACUGUCGCUAGGAGAAUUUGUGACCGGCGCCUAUUACCUACAACUUUCACAUUUGACAUUUCUGGGUAACUUUUCAAACAGGUGAGAUAGGUGUGGGUGCAAAAUAUAGCCAAUCACCUGGUACCUAUUAAACCUGCAAAAAUAUGUAUGUUGAAACAAUAACCCAAAUUCAGAAAGUUAUUAUGUGAAUUUUUCAGGAUUCCGAGAAUCAGUACGAUUUUUUAAAUUUGUGGUUUUGUCUUCGCCUGCCAAAGUUUCAAAUAAUUUGGUUAAGGAGAAUAAUAGCCAUAUAAUUUUUCCAUCAAUGGAGCUGUUUUUCAUGUAAAGUGGAUCAAGCUUCAAAUUUUCUCUCCUUUUUAAUCAUUACGCUGGACUGGGUUUCAUAUAAGGCAUACAGUCCGAUUGACCGAAAAAUAAAUAAAUCCCCUUGAUGAGGGAUAUCAUUUUUGAUGAUACGUUAAUUAAAUUUUCAAUUCGAGGCUUAAAAAAAUUGAUCCUUUGAUGAAGUGGAGAAAUUAUCUUGGUUUUCACGCAUCGCGUCAUGCUAUUUAUUAUCUCUCCCUUCAAGCUAGAAUAAGUUCCCUCUCUAAAUUUGACAUUGAAGAUUAAUAAUUUAUAUUGUCUACCAACAAAUCACACAAUUGUGAUGCAAAUACUUUGAAAUAGGCGAUUUGAAUUCAAAAACUGAAUACUAAUAGUUUAUAGUUAUAACGGUAUUCGAAUCACAUGAGGAAACCGGAAAUCUAAACCACACAAUCUGGCAAUUUUUCAAGAAAAAAAUUUUGUGAGGCAGUUACAUCAGCACUUCAUUACUUUAUAUAAAAAUGAAAAAUCAGCAAACUUCACUUGCGAACUAUUAGUAGAAAUGAUUACACUAGAAUUUCAUUUAAUUACUCCAGCUUGGUAAUUAUCGAUUAGUUACACAAGUAAAAACACAUUCUAUCCACCGUUAUGAAAACCCUGGGAAAAUACAAAGCUCUAUUUUCCGAGCAUUCACCACGAGCAAUUUCCUCUCUUUUAUUACAAGGCGUACUCCGUACUGAAAACGAAUUUGAAACUUUUAGCUGAAGUAAUCUCGGAUGUCUUUCAUUUCUACUGACACCAUUAUCCAAAAAGGCACCGACCGUAACUCUAGCUUGUAACUACUUAAAAGCCCUAUUUUAGGAUUUCAUAGCCACUAGAAAAUUAAAUUGUAUGCUUACAGAAAGGCAAUAAAAGAAAAUCCCACUAACGUUAACACUCCUCGGAAAAUGAAAUAAGGAAAAAAGUCACAGCGAAUUUUGUGUUUUGGAAACAAAACAGCUGAAGGAUUAUUCCUAAAAUAUUCUAGAAAAGUGACGAAUAUUUUUCUGCUGACCCGUGCUUUUGUUUUAUUUCGCAAAAUCCAAUUUCGUUUUUAUAUUCUCGAGACUUCCUAAAGUCUUACAGUGCCCUAUAGCUCGUUUUUCCUCUUUAUCCAGCAAUAAAACUCGCAGGACAAGGAACCGAAAGCAAGAAAGGAUAAUUUAUAUUUUCUUGCUUUUUUUACUUAGUUAAGAAAAAUUGCGUACGUGGUUAUGAAACGUUUUACGAAUUUUGUGUUCACUGUUAUUAUAAUAAAAGCAAUAUAAAAAUAUGAGAGUGAAAAUCUAUUGUGUCCCUUUUUUUCCUCAAGAAGUUGACACAAUACACUAUCCUAUAAUUCUAUUCUCAGUGCAUAGUAAAAUCCUUCUUAAAGCUUUCAAAAGCUCCACUCUACUGGAACUAGAAGAUACAAGCAUCUACGUGACAGAAUUUUAUUAUGGCAAAUGAUUAAAACGGAUCAAUCUCCAUUUAUGUUAGAUACCAGCAGAGAGUUCCAUGCCAAUUUGAUGUGUUUGAACAGGCGUAAAAGUAUUCAAUAUCUUAUGCAAACAGUAGGGAUUGAUGGGUGAUGUGUUAUUCAGUGUGUUGAGAUUUUUUUCAUAGGCGGAACAAACGAUUCAAUAAUUGAAAUGAAUUACAAAAUGAAUAGAAUAUAAUUGAAAAUUAAUUUUCAACGAAAUAGUAGUUCUAGAGUACUUAGUUGAUAAAACAAAAACAUAGUCUGAUCACUCAAUUCCUUCAUGCGUAAAAACAAACAAUAUGUUCCGCCAAUGUGGAAGUACACACACAAAAACCACUGAAACUUGGAACAGAUUGCCACUUUGCUAAAUAGUGCUUGCCUACGAUAACCCUGUCCAAAGUGGAAAAACAAUUCUUUUGGCUACAGUAUUUUGUACAGUAAAGAUGGAUACUGCAAUUAAGAUUUGUUACAUUGCAACUUUAUUGGUAGCAGUGGUUAUGGGUGAAACCCAAUGUCCUGAAGGUCCAAAGACGCCACAACUUAGUACAACAUUUCUGAAUGGCCGCUGGUACGAACAUCUCUACAUAAACAAAGCCCUAAACGACGAAACAUGUUCCUACUACGAAAUAAGUUGCAAAAACGAUUCACUAUACUGUGACUUAAACCAUGUAGCUUGGCAAUCUCGGCAACCAUACAUGCUGAUUCAGAUUUGGAAUGGAACUAUAGCCGAAAAUGAUACUGGCAUAGUUUUGUCUAUUAAUAGACCCCAAUCUUCCACAGUCUAUAAAGAUGUCAGCCUUAGGUUUGGAGAUGAUGCUGUGCUAAUGUGGAAUUGUAAUGCGGAUGCUGACAAUGGUUUGGAAUUUGCCUCAGUCUUGAAACACAUCAAGGACAAUGCAGAAAUGGAGUCUGUUUGGGAGGCAGAUGCCAAAGAAAGAAAUUAUCUUAGUCUCAUAGACGAUUUCCCUGCAGGAAUUUGGUAUAAAAUUAACGCGAGUGAAUGCACUUACAAUAAGGCAGCAGCAUUUGCGCAUUUCCACCAAAAUAUUUUAGUAAUUACAUUAUUCUACUUCAGUAGACUUUAAGUGUAGUCUAAAAUAAAUUUAAAUUUGUUUCUCCUCACAAAAUUAUUUACUUACAACAUUUAUAAGCUAAUCCAACAGAUUCACUGUCCACAGCAUGAUGGUACUCGUAGACUGAUUUGCCAAUAAGAUCAUCUGAGGAAUAACCCAAAAGGUCUAUCAUACUAAAAAAAAUAAUUAAAAUUAAUAGAAGGUAAUUCAAUUGAAAUAUUGAAAACUCACAAUUCGUCAUCGGCAUGUGUAAACUUCAUAUCCAAGCUGUGUUUUGUUAAAAAUGUUUCUCUAGGCAGUGGUAUGUCUAUGUUGGAUGGAUGCGGUAUGGGUUGACCGACGGCUACCAGACAACUGGAUAUGCUAGAUUCUUUGUCUUUGGAUUUGUCUUUUAUUAUGUGACCAGUAC